GAUCGGUCACGUGGAUACCGUUGAGUCCUGAUAGAAACGAAAGGAAAAAUUCUUAUGUAACAUCCAACCAUGCAAGGUCCUCGUAUGUGGUAUCAAUUUUUCUUGGCCUCACAAUAUGCUUUGCAAGGUAUACUAUACGGACUUCAACUAAGAUAUCUUCCCAUAAUUCUGCGCAAAUCUGGAUCGUCGCUUCUUCUCGUGGGAUCUCUGAAUCUGCUGACGUUCCCUUGGCUUUUAAAAUCUCUGUGGGCACCGAUCAUCGAUAUCUACGGUAACAAAACCUUUUGGCUCUCGACAAGUUACGCAGGAACUGCGCUUGCACUUUUACUUGCAAGGGUUGACGACAGAAUUAUUUUCAUAACUUCAUUGGUAUUACUUAAUCUAUUUUCUGCCACGGUUGAUUUGACGCUUGGAAAAAUACUGCUGUCAAAAUUUCAUGGAGACCAAUUAUCAAGGGCAAGCUCACUUCAGAUCAUUGGCUACAAAAUUGGCUUUUUAAUAGGAGGAGGUCUGACUCUAUUAGCUGCGGAGUAUUCCUUAAUGAGAAAAGAAAUAUUCUUUGCCCUCGCUAUCUCUUAUUUCUCCCUGAUGGUGACACUUUUUGUCACGAAAAGCUACGUGACGCCCGACGUUUGUCCUAAACCUGAAAUAUUGCGUUACUCAGAGACCACACGGAUGAGUGGGUUCUCGCGCACACCAGGGUUGCAAUGGAUGAUAGCGUGCGCGUGUGUGUAUAAAUAUGCGUCGCACUCUUCGCAGUCAAUAUUCACCAUGUUCCUGGUAGAUACCGGAGAGAGCCUAGGCCGUAUUGGCUUCUUGUCUGGAAUGGUGGGUCAAGGUAUCUCAAUUGCUGUUGCUUCUAUGUGGGGAGUGGCUCUGUCAGCAAAAAGGAUACUUCCCACGCAGCUUUUCUUUCUGACGUCCUUGUUAUCUGUUUGUUCAGUUUUCGCUCAGCUUUGUGUUGUCUGGUUGAAUAACACGAAGUUUAUAGCCCUUGUAUACCUGAUGCUCAGUGUAGUUCAUGGGUCCCAGGCCACUCCUGUCUAUACACUCAUGUUGCGAUGUUCCCAGAAUGCACCCCAAUCCGUGCAAACGACUUGUUACUCUUUCCUUGGUACGUUGGAAAUUCUUGGAAAACAGUUUUCGUUGUUCACAGCAGGAGUCCUAACAGAGGCAUUGGGAUAUGUAGCUGGUUUAUACAUCUCACUUGUGGUUUCCUUUUUUGUUGUCAUUUUAGUUUGGCAUUGUCCGAAAUAUCUUCGAUGCCCUUAAAGAAUUGAUUUUCAAAACAUUACAACCAAACGGAUGUGAUGAAAUAGUUGAAUAGACAGAAUAAGAUAACAAAUGUAAAGUGUUUCAUAAGUGCUUCAUGCAACUUAAAGCAUAAAAAACGCGCUGAAAUUUCUAGUCUUGCAGAUUGGCGAUUUGUUGCCUCUCACGGAAGCAAAUUUUUGCGCCUCAAGGGGGUUGAGCACAUCAAAUCGAGGUUUACCAAUAAAUUAUACCGAAUAAACCAGGGCAAAUAAAAAAGCAGAUAAUUUUUGUUUGAAUGCUUUCUCUUGAC